AUGUCUAAUCAUUCGAGUUUUUUUGCAAGCUUUUCUUCCCCAAAUUCGUCAUGGUAUCGGGAAAAAAGAGAAGAACAGUGGAGCCCAAGAAGCCAAGAAAGUGACCACGAACCGAGCUUUGAUUCUGACGAAGGAAACCAGGAGUCAAAAGCAAUCACCAUUUAUAGUGAUUCAAGCUCAGGAUUGAGUUCUCUUGAGUCAUCUCCUCUUGUUCCGUGGCCUGAAAACUCUUCCUAUUUAAGUUCAUCGUCGUCUAAAAGCUUGGUUUUGCAUCCUAGAGGUAACAGUUUGACUCAGGAAGGCACUUUGAUGGCACAAUGCGAAGCUACUAGCCUUCGCGUAUCAACUUCCCUCGUGAUUGGGAAGCGCCCUCGUGCUCUUGGUCUUAAAGACGUUGAUCUGUCUAAAAACGUUAUGGCAAGACAUAUUCGAGAAGCAAAAGAAGCAAAUAAAAGCCCCAAGAAGAGUAAUUUCCGUAGUCCUUUAUCAAGGCAUAUGUCUUGCCCCAUUUUCAGUUGUACCAAUGACACCUUUAUGGGUCUGUCUGACAGACAUGGUGUUCCUGGAAAAACUGGUCAAAUCGGUGAGAACCGAGAUUUGAACUUUGUCAGCACUGUGCACCGUAACUCACCAGCAAAUACUUUUUCGACUCCAGCAUCAGCUGGGAAAGUGAGAUUGUUUAGCUGCCCUGAUGAUCAACCCAACUUUGACCAACGGCGCGAUACCCGUCAUCAGGGCUGGCAUGAUGAGCUUGACCCACAGAAAAUGUCAAGUGAUGGAACAGAUAGAAAUUUCACACCAAAAGUCAUUGAAGUCAUUGACUUGACUUCAGGCGAAGCGACUUCAACUGGCAGAAUAACAAAUUAUAGCGACAAGGCAACUUACAAAGAUAGCUGUCAGAAAGAUGAGAGUAUCAUGGCACAAACAGCAGCCAGCCAGAAUCAUUCACCUUUCAAGAGGAAAGUUUCAAACAAAAAAUCUGUGUUAACUUUUAGUGAUGAUGAGGACAGUGACUCAAAGAAGCAAGAUCAGGUUCAUUUUUCAUUGAAGAAACAUGUUUCAAGGAAAAGGUCUGUGCUAUCAUUCAGUGAUGAUGAAGAAGACAGCGAUUCAGCAGGACAAAAAAGUGUUGAAGUAACUGGGGAAAAAUCACAACAGGUUAUUCAAGCUGGUGAGGAAGUUUCGCUCAAGAGUAAUUGUUAUAAGAGAUACAUGAAAAUGGGCGUACUUUUUGCAUUAUUCGUAUUGUUGUUAUCAAUUUACUUGCACAAAAAUCCUCAUGGCUUUUGCCUAGAUAGUGAAUUUAGCAAGAAUAUUUCAGGGAUUGGCCUAGCUCUCAAGGCUGAAGUAUACGGUCAACACAUUGCCCAGAAGGUGGUGACCUCAGCCCUGAAGAAUCACUUUGCCAAACACAAUGCAAGAAAGCCCCUAGUACUCUCCUUCCAUGGAUGGACUGGAGUUGGAAAAAACUUCGUUACCAACAUAAUCACAGAGCAUUUCUUCAAGCACAAGACCCACAGCUCAUUCGUUCAUAAGUUUAUUGUUCCUGUUCAUUUCCCGCAUGAUUCUGAGAUUGACAAGUACAAUGAACAGUUGCGCAGUUGGAUUCAAGGCAACAUAUCUCAGUGCAGUAAAGGUGGCUUGUUUAUCUUUGACGAAAUGGAUAAAAUUCAUCUUGGCAUGAUGAGUACCAUCAAAGAUAUCAUCUUAGGUUACCGUGGUAGGGAAGUCACAGCAGGUUAUCAAAACAUGGUGUUUAUAUUCCUGUCCAAUUCUGGCGGUCAUGCUGUAAAUCAGCAUGUCUUGAAGCAUGCACUUGAUGGGAAACUAAGGCAAUCUUUGAUGCUAAAAGAAAUGGAACUUAUCUUUCAAGGCAUGAUCAAACAAACUCCUGAUGCAUGGUUUUCUGAUCUUUUAAAAUCAGACGUUAUUGAUCAUUUAGUUCCAUUUCUACCAUUAGAGAGAACACAUGUUAAACAGUGCAUAAGAAGAGACUUAAUCAUGAAAGGAUUUCAUGUUAGAGAAGCUUUAGUCUCGGAGAUUGCGGAUCAGAUGGAAUAUUUUCCCGAUGGGCAUGGAUUCUUUUCAGUGUCAGGGUGUAAAAAAGUUUCAUCUAGGGUAGAUGUAACUGUGGGAUAA